AUGAAAGCAAAGAAAGCUGCUCCAAUUCGCUGCCAUCCCAUGUCGACCAGCGAUCAAGGCACAACGGAUAGUAGCUCCUUAUGUAGCAAAGCUGCUCGAAAUCGUCAUCGUCUCAUGUCCACCAACAACGAUCAUCAUAGCACAACCAACACCACGACGACGGAUAGCACUUCCUUCUAUAGCUAUGACGGUAAAACAGACAUCAAUUCGCGACAGAUGCUGUGCCAAGCUCAACAUCUACAAGUUUCUAACAAGGUCACCAAUAUACCCGAUCACUUUUGCCAAUCUGACGUUCCAUUAGCAUUGGAUCUGAGUAAUGCUUAUAACUUGCGAAUGAUUGGUCGAUCUGCCUUUCAAUGUCCUUCUUUGCAAACAAUUAUAUGGCCGACUACCAACCAAACAGAUGAUCAAGAUGUCGGUGAUACAUCACCCCAUCUACAAGAGCUUGGAGCAGGAGCAUUUGAGGCUUGUUGUAAUUUACAGCAUUUGGACUGGUCACAGUUGCUCCAAUUGAUAUCGAUUAGCGAGUCAUGUUUUCUCGCUUGCAAAGGUCUGCAAACGAUAAAAAUGGCUCCGAAUCUGAACCGCAUCGGAUCUCAAGCCUUUGGAUAUUGUAAAGCAUUGCGUGAGAUUCAAUGGAAUGGAAUCCCAAUAAUAGAACUGGAGGCGGACUUAUUUACGGCGUGCUCUCAGUUGACAUAUUUGGAUUUGACGGAUCUGAAACAGCUUCGGAUCAUUGGACCUCGUGUCUUCAAGAACUGCAAGGGAUUGGAGUGCGUGGAAUUCCCAGCAUCCCUGGAGACUAUAGGAAUGGGGGCAUUCUAUGGCUGUGAGUCCUUGAAGCAGGUCAAGUUUGCAAGUGACUGCACUGCCCCCACCAAUGAACUUCUAAUUGAUCAAGCCGCCUUCGCCAAAUGCACCAGUUUGUCGUUCUUUGACAUGCCAAACUGUGUUACACGACUGGCCCCACUGACAUUCUGGGGAUGUACGAAUCUUGAGACUUUAAUCUUGUCACCAACUCUUGAAAGCAUUGGCGGGAGCGCGUUGGGGAACUGUGUCUCGUUGAAAGAAGUCACCCUACCAUCCACCAUGAAUCAGGAAUCCAUUGGACCAAACGCCUUCUUCAAUUGCCCUAUUGAGCUCGGAUCUGAUAUAUGGUACUGGCACUAUCCGCGGCAUGAAAACGACUUCCACCAUAACAUUUUCAAUGACGGUCGAUGCUUGCCAAGCAUUGUUACCAAGGUCAAGAUCAUAAUUUCCGGUAAUGCUCAAUGGUAUGCUUCGUAUGCACCAAUCGACCACCCGAACGGCAAAGAAGCACUAGAAUGGGUCGAUAUCCAAGGUAACGAUGAUUUAUUAUCUGCUAUUCAGCUCAGUCUUCAAUUCCCGAAGGCUACCGCUGCCACAAUUUCCAAGGACCGCCUGAUACGCAUGUACAACAACGCACCGAUCUGUCAAUCACUCUUUCGCACCGCCAUUGAUGAUCGCCAGGAGCACUUCGUCCCUAAACUAUUUCGUACCUUAAUGUUCCAGGACGAUGGCGACCAGCAGGAAACUCGUGAUAUCAUGGAAAAGUUUAAAGAAAUCCAACUGGUUCAUGCCAAUACUAUUCACCAACUCGUCUCUAGGCGGGUCGGCAUUGACUUUCCAUUUGAACCUUUUGCCUUUCUCUGUUCAUGA